CCGCUGCCCGGGCUGCGCGCAGGUUCCGCUCGCGGCGCGCGCUCUCGCCCCUCCCCGCCUGCAGAGCCGUGCCGCAGGGUGUCCGGCCGGGGGCGCGCGGCGCUGCCAGGGACCUGGCCCGCGGGUGGCAAUGGUGGUGUUCGCGGUGCCUGCAGAAGUCGCUGUGAUCCUGCUGGAUAUCGAAGGCACCACCACGCCUAUUACCUAUGUCAAGGACACACUAUUUCCGUACAUCAAAGAUAAUGUUAAAGAGUACCUACGUGCGCACUGGGAAGAGGAGGAGUGCCAGCAGGACAUCAGCCUUUUGAGGAAACAGGCUGAAGAGGAUUCCAACUUGGAUGGCGUUGUGCCUAUUCCUUUAGAAACUGGAAAUGGAGAAGAUGAAGUGGAACAGGUCAUCCAGGCUGUAGUAGACAAUGUGCACUGGCAGAUGUCCCUGGACAGGAAGACCACAGCAUUGAAACAGCUGCAGGGUCACAUGUGGAGGGCAGCCUAUGCAACUGGACGCAUGAAGGGAGAAUUCUUCCAGGACGUGGUUCCAGCCAUUAGGAAGUGGAGGGAAGCAGGAAUGAAAGUGUAUAUCUAUUCUUCAGGGAGCGUGGAGGCCCAGAAGCUUCUGUUUGGAUACUCGACAGAAGGUGAUAUUCUAGAGCUCUUCGAUGGCCACUUCGAUACCAAAAUAGGUCACAAAGUAGAGAGUGAGAGUUACAGGAGGAUUGCCUCAAGCAUCGGGUGUUCAACUAACAACGUUCUCUUCCUGACGGAUGUCACUCGAGAGGCAAAUGCUGCAGAAGAAGCAGACAUGCACGUGGCUGUGGUCGUGAGGCCAGGCAAUGCAGGGCUAACAGACGAUGAGAAGUCGUAUUACAGUCUGAUCACGUCUUUCAAUGAACUGUUCCUGCCUUCCUCCACUUAGGAGAACUUGUGCACCUGCACAAUAGACCAAACUACACCCGCUGGAAUUGUCCUUGUGUAAUCUUUAAUUAUAUUGGUAAUAAGAAUUUUAAAAAAGAUAUGACAGGAUCCAUGACCGGCUGCAGAAAUUGAUUUAAGUAUUUUGGAGGGGAUUUUUAAUGCAGUGAAAUUGAGGCCUGUCAAAGUCUGUUGGAGUUGUGAGUGGUGCGAGAAGCAGUAUCCAUGAAGCCUGUGUUCAAUUAGCUUUCCUAUCAGGGAAUUUAUUACUACAGGGUGACUGUUUUCCCAGCCAACCACCAGGUAAUCUAGUUGUGAAAAUCCAUGUGACAACAUUUGUCACUUAAAACCAAAAUAUUCUGUGAACAAAGAAUUUCUCACGCUCCCACAGACUUGAAUCUUAUAAGGAAAUAUGAACUUCCCCCCUUCCAAUAAGAUCUGUAGCUCUCAUGCUGGAAGUUAAAUUAAGCAAAAUUAAUUUAAGAGGUUAGGGUAAGUAUGUUCGGGAUAGCCAAAGAUAAAUGUCAAAUGUGGACCAUGAAGUUUGGAUGCUGCAGCUUAGAUCUGCCACAGAGGAGGCCAAGUUAAAUGUAAACCUACUUGUGAUAUUGGGCUAUGUGCUCCAGGACCUGCUGCAUGCUAAAGCCAGAUUUCUAUUUAUUUCAGAAAUGUAGCACUCUUAGCAAUAAGCCCUGAAGUUUUCCUUAAGCAGCCAAGAAAAGGUUUCACCAACUUGUAGCUCAGCUAUUAACUAGACAUUAUAAAAGACAGUUCAUGGCUUUGGCACUACCUGCUGCAUUUGAUAUCAAUGAAUGAUUACAAAAAUACAAACCAUGUAACAGCACCACUUAACCUAUGCCACUUUAUACUGUGUGGUAAAUAAAAGUACAAUUGUCUUCUGCCUAAAAUUCUGGCAUUUGCAUUAUCCCACCAGUGCCCAGCCUCCAGCAUUGGUGGAAGGGUUUUCUUACCUAUAACCUUCUAGCUCUUUCCUUCAGUGCUGCUACACCCUUCCCCAUUGUUUCUUGUAGGCCACGUGAGCCUUCUCUUGGAGAGGAAUUAGUGUGUUACACUCAAAACCUUCCUUUGCUUUCAGUAGGAGUUCUGUAUGGGGUAGAGCAGGAGCAGCAAGUAGGCUACUUGCUAACAGCAAUCACCACAGGUGGAGCACAGUGCCUAAGGGUCUAAUUCAUCACUACCUUUCACUUGUUAUAAGUCCCUUGCACCUGUGGGUAUAAAGCACUAUCCAAUCAGAAUGGUAGUGUCUACAGCUGUGAAGAAUGGGUGUAAAAUAGCUUAAAGUGCGAGGCAGUGGAGAAUGGCCUACAGGGGAUCCUUUAACUCAAGGAACAUCAAGCAUUCCCAGUAAAAUGUACCCAAACCCUAGCCUCUCUUGCUUGUGCAGAAACGGUAGCGAUGGAUGCUACUGCAUAUUUGGUCAUGUGCUUGUCUUUGUCCUUCACUGUGCAUGUUUUACCGGCACAACUGGACUGUUUACGUUUUUUUUUAGCUAAUGAUCUGAAACAUGUCAAGUUUUACAACUUUAUCUACUUAAACACUGUAUGAGAAAACUACAGAAACGCAGGCUUAGAGGAGCCAGAAAUCCUUACUUCUGCCCAUGUCAUCCUACCAGCCCGUGCAUCCAAAUUCAUGAGCAGAACAGGCAGGAAGGAAUUUUUUCAUAGCGAAUCUGUAUAACGCACAGAUUCCACAUUGGCCAGCAUCCUUUCUGCCUGUCUGGGAUCAAAGAACAGGUCUCCACCUAGCCUGUGUGUGGGCUGCCCCCUGCAGGGGAGAAAGUGACAAUUCUAAUACCAUCAGCCAUGGCAAUGGAGGAGGUUUAGAUACUUCCCAGUGGUGGGGGCAUUUGAUUCUACCAGGACGUGCCCCCUGCAGGGAAGGGAAAAGGUGCCAUGUUCUGCCCUAAGGACCUGCCAUCCCAGAGAAGUACAGAAAGCAGUGACACACUCUCUACUGCCUCUCAGGGGGCCCCACUGAGCCAAAGCAGCUGGAAAUAAUAGGUUAGGUACCUGGAGGUGGAGUGGACUUGCUCUUUCCCCAGAAUGUACCAGACAAGGGUCAGGUCCUGGCAUCUUAUAAGCAUUCAUGUGCAUGUAGAACACAGCUUUCCUUCCCCGUGAGAUCUGUUCAUCAGCAAAGAGACCAAGGGGAAGCUUUGUAGGGUCAGGUUACGAUCAGAGGUGGGAAGUGUGAACAUAUCCCCCUGCUCGGACUGUUACUACAGCCACUGAAGCCAGGAGAAGGUAGGUGAGGGAGGGAAAAUGAAGAUCCUAGGGUUGCAUGUUGGGAUGAAAAGGUGCAUUUCCCCAGCUUUCAUGCCAGUAUUUCCCAUGUGUAACUCUAGGAAGAGUUUGUGUGCAGAUUACGAUGCUCCUUCUAAUCCAACCCCAGAUUUAAAAAAUGAGAUUUAAAAAUAAUAAUGAUUUUUGAAUUUGUGGGUUUGGCAAUACUGUGCCUGAGAACUAGAAAGUAAAAUAGGCUUAUCUGUUCCACUGCCCAAACAUGGGCCCUGAGCCUGCAUUCAGUAGGGCAAGUAGGGCCCAUUAUGUCCAGGUAAGAGGAUUUCUACAGGCUCUGCACCAGCCUGUACAAAUAGAUCCAGUAGCAGGACUGGGCCUUAACUAGAAUGCCAAGAUUAAAUCAACAUUAUAAAUGCCCAAAUAACAUUUGUAAAAUGCUGUGGCAGGUCCGUGUUGCUAGUAACACAGAGAUGGUCUUUGCAAAAAAUAAAAUGCAUCUUGACAGCACAUCCCUUUAAACUGGGAUGGCAGGUCCUUAGGGAAGUAGCUGCUCAGUCUGGAGAGGGAGACCCAGCUACUCUGAACACAUCUGUGGCCAACUGCUUAGUUAAAGUGAUCUGAGCACACUGCAGAAAUGUACCAGAUUCACAACGGUUACUGCUGUAGCCAUAUCUGCAUGACUGACUGGGCAUUGGAUUUAGGUAAAGUUGAUGUGUACCAUUGUAUCACGAUGCAAAGUGACUAUCCGCUCACACCUUGUUCCAUUUGUCAUAAUGAAACUGUAUAUGGGGGGAGGGAAGAACACUCACUCUUUCCAUAAAAGAAGUUUAUUUAGUG